UAGUGAUGACAUCCUGGCAGGAAUUUAAGGAUUUGAACAACGUUUCGCUUUUAGAAAUCCAUCAAUCUCUCUUGUAUGGAUUUGAACUCACUGUGUGCCCCUGGUGUGGAACAUCCUCGGCAUUCCUAGUGUGGGAGCUUCUCCCAAUUCUUGUGGUCAUUCUAGGUGUGUUGUGUGCAGCGGUAAGCCCUCCUGUAUUCACCAUCUUUGGAUUCGCAGCUGUAUCACUACUCUUAUAUCAUAUUUUAUCUCUAUUGGUCGGCGUGAUAUAUCCCCAGCCCGACAUAUUUUCCCCGCUGCUCGUUGAAGUAGUCACCAUUGAUGCGCUCUUAAUUUACGUUCUACUCUUUCUCAAAAAAAAAAAAUUACGUUCUACUCACUACUAAUUAUUUUGGGUUCUACUCUUAACAUAUUGAAAAGCAUGCAAGGGGUCGAUUUUAAAAGAUCUAUACUAAUAGAAAAAGAGCCUGAGGUAGUCUAAGAC